GUGAAGGGCUGGCAAAAAGUAGAGGCUGCCAGACAUUAUCUUGGUGCCCAUACACAUCACAUUCUGGUAACUCGCAUCUGUUCCACACACUGAGAGUGCCUCAGACCUGCCUUCCAAUUGCAAUUGCGAUUUGCGAAGUUCUACCUUCGGCCGGGCCUUCAGCUAUGGCCUGGCACCUGCCUUCCCCCUGUACAUGUGUGAUAUUGUGUGACCCUUGAACAGAAGGGUUCAGUAUAGUUUAGAUACUUUAUGUGUAAGCUAAAAAUCAUAUGUAACUGACAGGGACCCAAGCAGAGCUGAAGCUAGGCCUGGUAAUGGAGCUGAAAGUGCAGACAGACGGGGGAGUGAGCUUCAUUUUGCCGACAUUCCUAAAGCCAAGAUACAGUCCUGCUGAUGGUGGUUGUUCUCGUGAUAUGGAGAAGAUAGAGGGGCAGAACGUCAUGUUUGUGAGUAAGCAGUACGCGUAUGAAGUGAAGGCCCACGUGGUAGGGGCUCACAGAAUUGCCCAGAUCACCUCGCACAGUGAGCUCCUCAGUGUCGACAUCAGCGAAGAUGCCUUAAGCGCAGAGCGUGCAGACAGCGACCCCCUGGUGGCCCUCGUGAGCAAGCAGAGGUUCGACGGCUCCUGGCUCCUCGAGGACGUGGCUGAGCUGUGCGGCGUUGCGUGCGCCGUGCUUGGGGAGUGGAAUCCAGCUAAGACGGAGGCGGCGUGGGCGACGGCCCUGGCGCUGGCCCUGCUGGAGAAGCGGCACGCGGAGGCGCGGGACAAGUGGAGUCUCUUGGCCACGAAGGCGCGGGCCUUCCUCUCGGGCUGCCAGUAGGACGCGCAGGCGCUCGCUGAGGCCGCCCGUGCGCUGCUGGAGGCGCGCCCAUAAGCUGUGUUCAUCUGGGUGCAUGGGAGGAAGGGGGCUUACAGAAAGUUAGAGACAAGAAACUAUUUUUAUGGAGCAAAUUUAUAGUCUUUUUUAAGCCGUGAUUCCAGUCAAGACGCAGCGUCCGAGGGCCACCUCCCAUUUCCGUUGCCUUCGCUUACAUUCCUCGCAGGCUGACAUGCCCAAGCUCUAACAGAAUUCCCAAGACAGAGCAGACUACAAAUCCCGUCCAGCCGGCGAGGGAAGGAAGAGAGUCGGGCAGAGAGCGACCGUGGCCUGGCGCCCGCGGCUCCCCAGACGCCGUCGGAGAGUGGCCCGAAGGCGGGCAAUCUCCGACCUGAAUUUGGCCCCAGAAGCAGGCGAGGCAGGUGGAACCGCGGCGUGAAUGUUGGCGCCGAGAGCCACUGGAGACCUCCGGCAGUCUUUUUUUACUUGAAUAAAAAGAAAGGAUUAA